GGAUACCCUCCGGCGACCACUGCGACUAGGCCGCCCAUCUACGCAGUCCGAAAGGAGGGUGACAACCACGCACGACGCCCUGCAGAAGGAGUGCCACGACGCCGACACACAGCGCUCCCAAACCGGCCGGCAGGGCAACUCUCCACUCCCCCUCCUCCUCCUCCUCCUCUUUUCCCUCCUCCUCCGGGACAGACAGCAUCCUAUGCGGCUCAAGAUGGCGGUGCAGGCAGCAGAAAACGACGCGAUUAUGGUGGAGGACGAGCAGCUGAACGACUCGCUGGGGAGCGUCGGCCUCAUCUCACCUGACAAGGAGGAUCUAGCGCGGCUCCUGACAGUUCCCUUCAGUGGACGCAUACGAGGUGGCAUGAGGCCCGGGAAGAAGAUCAUCGUGAUGGGCAUUGUGGACUUGGAACCAGAGAGCUUUGAUGUGAGCCUGACCUGCGGCCGGGACAUGGACAAGGAUAAGGAGGCGGCGUACGAUGUGGCCCUCAAACUCACCGCCCGCUUCUCGGAUCGCCAGUUUCUGCGCAGCGCCUGCGUAGCCGGCAAGUGGACAGAGGAGGAGGCCUCCACUGCCUACUUUCCCUUCAUCCCAGAUCAGCCUUUCAGGGUGGAGAUCCACUGCGAGCACCAGAGGUUCCGGAUAUUUGUGGACGGACACCAGCUUUUUGACUUUUACCACAAAGUAAAAUCUUUGGCCUCCAUCGACACGGUGCGGAUAGACGGAGACCUUCAGAUCACCAAACUGGGCUAAGCGCGCACACACACGAGCACACAAAGCUCAGCAGGGUGAGUGUGUGUGCAUUAAGGACUUGAGCACGUACACACACACACACACACACACGCAAAUGCACCGCCAUUCACAUGUAACAAGGGGCCUCUGCUCCUUAUCCUUCUUUAAAUUAGUUUUUCCCCUUUUCAGCAAGUUCUCGUUUAUUAGUUUCUCAGGUGUUAGUUUUGUCAAGUUGCUGAACUUGCUAUUUUCAUUCUCUUUUAAAAAUUUAUGGAAGUUUCUUUUUUAAAUGUAGCACUUGAAGCAUCCAGAGGGCUAGAUAGUAAUUUAAAUGAUAAAUGUUUCUUUAAAUUUGUAUUUUUUUUUUAAUUUCAAUUGAUUUUUUUAAUUGAAAUGCAGUUUUUUAAUUGAAUUUAAAAAAACUGUUAAAAUAUUAAGUUAGAAAUUUAAAAGACCUGAGUCUUACCUUUUUUAUUCAUUUUUUUUCCGGACUGAGUAAGACAAAACUUGUUUAAGUUAAAAAAAAAAAAAAAAAAAGUCAAUAUCCAAGAAUUAAAAAUGCCCAUAUGUUUAAAUUAAUUUGAAAACAAUAAUACAUUGUAAAUUAGAUUAAAACAUCAAAAAAAUUAAACAUCUCUUCUUGCAUUUCCAUUACAAUUACUUACAUACAAAGACACAAGCAUUUCAAAUUGGAGCCUUUUUGUUUGCUCUUUCUUCACUUCCACAAGGGCAUCAUGUUUUACAGUAAGACUCAAGUUUGCAUUUUAUUGCACUAAAAGAUGAGUCGAGUAUUCCAGCCACGUCUUCUUUUCCUUGGUCUGUCUGGGGGGGGGGGUUUCCGCCCGUUGGUCGUCACGGCAACACAUGACCUAAAUAGUCUAAAUUGAUGAAGAUUCCUCGUAGGAGGAGGAAGAUAAACAGGAAAUAGAAUUCUGCCUGGUGGGCAUUUUGUAUUUAAAUUAGCAUUAUUGCCCCCAUUUUAGUCACAUUUUGCAUCGCGAAAUGGCAAACAGGAUUAAGAUAUACAAUUUAUCAUAUAAUGGAGUGUUGUUGUACACUAUUUGCGGUGCAAAUUAGUGAUGUGGCGGUAAUAUGAGGUGAAGGUUUAUUUUUGGUUCCAGCUUGAAGUAGAUGGGGUCAUGUUUUGAAUGUAUGGUAGCUAAGAGAAGUCAUGUAAUUCCCCCCCCAUGUUGUCAUUCUAUGGAAUUGGAUUUAUUCCAUUUUAAACAAUCCUGUGUGACUUGCAUUCAGUUUGAGUGACAGAAAGGCUAAAAAAAUGUGCCAAAGUAACUUUUCUCCCUAAAAAAAUAUCAGCGAAUAUACAUCACAUACUAGCAUUUAAGAAAGGGAGACCUACGAGAAUGUAAAAACAACUUUCAACCCCAAAUUAGAGUUUUCUUCUUCCCCCGCUACGUCUUCCUGCGAUCGUACGACCGGGGCCUAGCUUUUUUUUUUUUCGUUCUUUUUUUAGGCAAACAGGAAACUGGCGUCCACCCUGUUGCAUCAUUACUGCAGCAGCAGAACAAAACGUGCUCUGUGUGUGUGGACUGCGCUCGGCCCGCGACAGUACUGCAGGCUUACAGUACACCGCUGUUGUUAUGACACGUUUUGCUUUCAACCAUCUUAACGAGCACAUUCACUCGUGUAGGGAAACAAAAAGCUGUAUAAAUAAUUGUAACGUGUUUGUCCAUGACUUUGAGGAGAAAAGAGUUGAUGCGGGGAGUUUUUCUUGUGGUGUUAUUUUGGUACUGCUACACUUGAAGACUUUGUGUGUAAAGUAGGACCUGAUUGAAUUGAUGCUGAAUGAUGAAAUGAGUGUUCCUAUCCCAUAGAGGAGAAACGUGUUUACACAAUUGUCUUAAUGGUAACUUUCCUAACUGCGGAGUAACUUUUGGUUUUCCAUGUUCGCAAUGUCAUCUUUAUACGAUUUUGUACUCUGAACGUGAUCCUAAAGAUGCAAGCUGGUACGUUGUUUUUUUUUUUUUUUUUGGUAUAGUUAUUCACUAAAGCAUUAAUUUGAACCGAUUCAGGUUUAGAUCUACAGUGGUUCAUUGAGAUACAAGUUCAUUUGAAUUGAAUGGAAAGGCCAUUCAUCCGUUCCGAUUUCUCACCCUUCGAUAUUUAAUAAGCUGAAUAGAUUCCUAAAAUAUUGUACUUUGUGAAAAUAGUGGUGACAUAAUUUUUAAUUUGCUUUUAUUCAAUGGAUAUUAUGCUGUUCUUCUGGUGUAUGCGCCAUGGCCACCUGGGGGCAGUAUAAGACAUACUGUACGGUACAGCUAUUUAAAACGCUCCAGUGUUCAAAUUGCCUAAAGUUAUAAAACUGGCUCGCUUCUAAUAAACUAAUGGAUCGGAUCGCUUGUAUCUCAAGGCACCACUUUAUUCCUUUAAUAGAGAGAUAUGAAUGUUUUCCUCCUGAUUGUGAUUUGAUCAUUAAUAAAUGGCAAGUGUGGGUUUUAA